GUCUCGAUCGGUUUUUCUCACCUGGCAGAAGCUAAUGAGCUGGAGAUCAGUGUGGUGGACACAGGCGCUGGCAUAGCGGAAGAGGCCAUUGGGAAGAUCUUCCAGCCUUUUCAGCAGGAGCGGGGUGGCGGCUCAGCUAGCUCUCAGGUGCUGGCAACCGCCCUCGUCUUGGCUUUUGCAGCGCGGAGCGCCUUCGCUUUUGCUGCACUCAAACUCCGGCAUGGGGGCUCGGGAGCUCUGGCUGAGUGGCUUGCAGACAAAGCCGCAGUGCAAUCCUGGAUGGAGGAGAAGAGGGAGGAGAUCGUCCCGGACCUUGCCUGCUGGCGCCUUGUGCGCAUACGGGACUUCCUGCCGACUCCUGUGGCGGAGGAGGCCCUGGCCCUGGCACAAGGCUUGGAGGAAUGGCGGCGUACAAGUCCGGUGGAGGAAGACGAUGCCAUUCACCAGUUCCGAUACCGGGGGCUGAAUGAGACUGGUGGAGCCUUUGCAGCCCUGCAGGAGGUGCUUGGUGAUCUGCUUCCAGCGCUCCAAUCGGUGCCGACGAGGGCCGAAUUUCGCUUUGGCCGCUAUGGACACUCACACGGAUGA